AUGGGGGCAAUGAAUCUCCGACGUAGCCUAUCUCCUUUACACGCAGAAUGUGAAGCGCUGAUUUGGGCAAUGGAGUGCAUGAAGACCCUACAGUUCUCAGAUGUAGUUUUUGCAACGGACUGCUCUCAGUUGGUGAAGAUGGUGUCCUCACCUGAAGAAUGGCCAGCAUUCACUACGCACAUGGAGGAAUUUCGCCGUAGUAAGACUUUCUUCCCUAAUUUCAAGAUCCGACAUAUUCCAAGGGCGCAAAACACAAUGGCGGACAAGCUUGCUCAUGGGGCAAGGAGUUCACCUUCAGCUAUGUUAUAUGUCGAUUCGAUACCUCCGGUUUGGCUUUCCGAACCGGUGGAAUUACGUUAG